AGAAAAGAUAGGAGUUAGGGGAUAUGAAUGGGAAAGCAUGGUUUCUUUUAUAAAUACAUAGGCUCAUUUUCUGUGGUUGGGGAAGACCAGGCUUCCAGAGCAGAAUAUGUGAGGAAACAGCUGGAAAAAAUUAGAACUGUGGGUAGAAGUAAACCAGUGGUUAUUAUGAUAUCCCUGAGUGGUAUUAAAGUCUGCAGCUCAGAUAAACAGACAGUGUACAUGGCCCAUGCCUUGAAGAGAAUCUCCUAUGCCACAUGUGAUCCCGAGUGCAGGCAGUUCUCGUUUCUUGCACGGGAACCACGGGGCCAAAUUAGCACGCAGUACUGCCAUCCAGCAUCUGUUUCCUUUGAGGAGGAGAUGGAGAGUGAAAGCUUUCUCAUGUUGAUGGGGAAGAUAACAUAA